AUGCGGUCUGCGCUGGCCGGAUGGAUCUUUGCGUCGACAUCGUCGAGACGAGGCUCUGCCUGGACCAUCGCAGAAGGCAACCAGGUAAGUUCUUCUCCAGGUAAGUGCAUUUGCUCUGUUUCUUCCUAUUAUCUGUUGAAGUUCCGUGUCGUAUGCUGCUCUUGCUGCCUGCCCUCUAUAUGCUAGCCUGUCUGUUAAUAGCUGGAUAAAACUCUCGAUGACUGAUGCGACUGUCUGUCUGUCAGUCUAUGCCUCUCUCUGCUAAUAGCUAGGCGUUACGGGGCUUAACUUUUAGUGGUGCCCUCUCACUUCUGUCUCUGACUGAUGACUGUGUCUGCUUGUCCACUCUAUUUCUAAGUCCCAUGGCGUUAGGUAGUGUGUAUGCUCUCUCCUACAUCACUCCGUCACAUCACCAUCACCACCAAGGUCUCAGGCUAAUUCGGGUCGUUCUCUCACUAACAAAAAGUCGUGACCCAUAGUGGAGUCCGACAGCCGUCUGGGAUAACCGGGUAGCCCUGUUCAGGGAUGCGUUGCCUACCCACGUGAGGGGGAGGGGGCUAGAAAAGGUGCCCUAAAGAUCGCUGGGAACCACGCUGUCUGUAGGCUGGCCGUGGCCGCAGGCAAAAAACGCACGGUCGAAACAGCUAAAACCGAAACAACAACAUCAACAACAAUCACUCUCUUCCUCUUCCAGCCUAUUCUUCUUAUUGUCCUCCUCUUAAUCUUCGUCGCCCAGUCGCCAAACUGGCAGAGUGAGUCCGCUCACUCUGGCAGCCUGAAAUGUUCAUUCCCUUUUAGACAAUCCGAGGAGCAAUCGACCGGAACGGAGGACAGCGUUAGUGGCACGAGAACUGGCGCGCUACAACGUGGACAUCGCCGCACUCAGCGAGACCCGAUUCUCCGAACAAGGCCAACUGGAGGAGGUGGGUGCCGGUUACACCUUCUUUUGGAGUGGUCGACCCAAGGCAGAGCGACGAGACGCGGGCAUCGCCUUCGCCAUCCGGAAUGACAUUGUGGGACGGCUGCCCUGUUUGCCGUAGGGCAUCAACGAUCGCCUGAGGAGCCUCCGUCUGCCUCUCGGGGAUGGGGGCUCAUUCGCCACCAUCAUCAGCGCCUACGAUCCGACGAUGACCAACACCGACGCCGUCAGAGAUAAAUUCUACGAGGACCUGCACUCCCUCUUGGCGACUGUGUCGAAGGCGGACAAGUUGAUUGUCCUUGGCGACUUCAUCGCCCCCGUCGGCACAGACCAUACUGCCUGGAGAGGAGUGCUGGGUCCCCACGGUCUCCGCGACUCUGCUGCUCCGCACCUGUGCAGAACACCGCCUCAUCCUGACGAACACGAUCUUCUGUCUGCCGGAGCGAGAGAAGGCCACCUGGAGGCAUCCUCGGUCGCGCCAGUGGCACCUGCUGGACUACGUCCUCGUCCGGAGGCGAGAUCAGCGGGACGUGCUGGUGACGAAGGCGAUCGCGGUCGCUGA